AUGGGUGAUGAUGCAAAAGCUAAAGAAUUUUUAGAUGCCGCUGAUAAAAGAUUAAGAGGUGGUAACUUCUUUAAAAUGUUUGGUGGUGGUUCUUCAAGAUACGACGAUGCAGCUUCAGAUUAUACAAAGGCAGCAAAUUUAUUUAAAAUGUCAAAGAAAUGGGAUCAAGCAGGUGCAGCAUUUCAAAAAGCAGCAGAAUGCUUUUUAAAGGGAUCAAGUAAACAUGAUGCAGCAUCAAGUUAUGUUUUAGCAGCAGGUUGUUAUAAAAAAGGAAAUGUUAUAGAUGCAAUCACAUGUUUGAAAGCAGCCAUUGAAUACUACACAGAUGAAGGUCGUUUUGCAAUUUCAGCCAAACAUCAAAAAGAAAUUGCUGAAUUAUAUGAAGCUGAAGGCGAUUUCGAUCAAGCAAUUGCAAGUUAUCAAAUUGCAUCCGAUUAUUUCGAUGGUGAAAAUUCAACAGUUUCAUCUCAUCAAUGUCUUUUAAAGAUUGCACUCUUCUCUGCUCAAUUAGAGCGUUAUGAGAAAUCAAUUGAAAUCUAUGAACAAGUUGCAGCUGCAUCUUUAGAUAAUAAUUUAACUCAAUGGGGUUGUAAAGAAUAUUUCCUUCGUGCUUGUUUAUGUUAUUUAGCUGCUGAUGAUGUUGUUGGAGCAGAACGUGCUUUACAAAGAUAUAAGGAUAUGCAAGCAUCAUUCAAUUCAACUAGGGAAUGCCGUCUUUUAGAUGGUAUUAUUCAAGCAUGUAGAAAUAAUAAUGUAGAAGAUUUUACAAAUGAAGUUGCAGAAUUCAAUUCAAUCAGCCCAUUAGAUUCAUGGAAAACUUCAAUUUUAUUAAGAAUUAAAAACACCAUCAACCGUGAAACUGAAUCUGUCGUUUAA